CCGGCCUAUGAUCCUAAUGACUUUAUGGUUGGGAAGCGCCAUAAUCUUGAGUUUAUCAACAUCUUUACUGAUGAUGGAAAAAUAAACCAGUAUGGGGGAGCAUUUGACAGGGAUGCCAUGCUUCAGAGCCCGAGAGGCUGUGACUGAUGCAUUAAAGAAGAAGGGCCUCUUCAAAGAAACUAAGACCAAUGAGAUGUGUCUUAGAAUUUGCUCUAGAAGUAAAGAUGUUGUGGAGCCUAUGAUAAAGCCCCAGCGGUACAUUAAAUGUAGCGAUAUGGGAAAUGAAGCUCUCAAUGCUGUCACUGAUGAUGAAAAUAGGAAGCUGGAGAUUAUCCCAAGACAGUAUACUGCUGAAUGGAAGAGAUGGCUUCGUAACAUUAGUGAUUGGUGUGUCUGGAGGCAACUUUGGUGGAGUCACCGUGUUCUGGCACGGUAUGUUGUUUUUUAGGGUGAUAACAACGAAGAAUUUGGAAAAAAAUUUGAGCGAUGGGUGGUUGCAGGAAGUGAGGAAGAGGCUCAAGCAUUGGCUGAUCAAAAAUAUGAGGGAAAGAAGUUUCGAUUAG